AUGACACAUGUAUUUAUAACUCAUUUUAAUAACGAGGUGUCUGAUAAACUAAGUGUGUCUGAUAAACUUGGUGUGUCUGAUAAACUUAGUUUGUCUGAUAAACCUGGUGUGUCUGAUAAACUUAGUGUGUCUGAUAAACUAAGUGUCUCUGAUAAACAUGGUGUGUCUGAUAAACUUAGUUUGUCUGAUAAACCUGGUGUGUCUGAUAAACUUAGUUUUUUGUCUGAUAAACUUGGUGUGUCUGAUAAACCUGGUGUGUCUGAUAAACCUGGUGUGUCUGAUAAACUUAGUGUGUCUGAUAAACUUGGUGUGUCUGAUAAACUUGGUGUGUCUGAUAAACUUAGUGUGUCUGAUAAACUUAGUGUGUCUGAUAAACUUAGUGUGUCUGAUAAACCUGGUGUGUCUGAUAAACCUGGUGUGUCUGAUAAACUUAGUGUGUCUGAUAAACCUGGUGUGUCUGAUAAACUUAGUGUGUCUGAUAAACCUGGUGUGUCUGAUAAACUUAGUGUGUCUGAUAAACUUGGUGUGUCUGAUAAACUUAGUGUGUCUGAUAAACUUAGUGUGUCUGAUAAACCUGGUGUGUCUGAUAAACUUAGUGUGUCUGAUAAACUUGGUGUGUCUGAUAAACUUAGUGUGUCUGAUAAACUUAGUGUGUCUGAUAAACUUAGUGUGUCUGAUAAACCUGGUGUGUCUGAUAAACUUAGUGUGUCUGAUAAACUUAGUGUGUCUGAUAAACUUAGUGUGUCUGAUAAACUUAGUGUGUCUGAUAAACCUUAUGUGUCUGAUAAACUUAGUGUGUCUGAUAAACUUAGUGUGUCUGAUAAAGCUGGUGUGUCUAAUAAACUGAGAGUGUCUGAUAAACCUGGUGUGUCUGAUAAACCUGAGCUUGAUGAAAAAUGUAAUGGGACAUGUUCUUGCUGUAUCAAUGAAAAAUGUGCAUCAGGGCAAUACUUUUCUAACGAGUGUACUGUGGGCUGUAUUGAUGGUCAUAGAGGUGCACGUUGUUAUGAACUAUGUACACACAAUUGUACACAAUGCCCAGAUCAUGUUGAUACGUGUACUGCGUGUUAUGAUGGCUAUUACCCCGGCCCUGCUCGUGACUGCAAAUCAAAGUGUUUACCCGGAUGUAAAGCAUGCACGUCAGGUACCACAUGUACAUCAUGCAAGGAGGGAUAUAAUAACACCGCUGGUCAAAAUGAUUGUAGUAUUCGUAAUUGUCCUGAACAUUGUAAUUGUCCUAAUGGUCAAUGUGUGUCAUGUGAGGACGGAUAUUAUGAUAUCAUUAAAAUGUGUAAUAGUGUAUGUCCAGGCAACUGUGUCACGUGUUCGUCGAUUAAUAAUUGUGGAUCGUGUAAUGAUGGUUAUUAUAAAGGUUACGAGUACGACAACAACAACUACCCUAUUUUAAAUGACUGUACAUACGAAUGUCGAGAAAACUGUAUACGAUGUUCGUCAUAUAAUAGUUGCUUGCUUUGUAAAAGUGGUCUUUAUGGAUCGACAUGCGACAACAGUUGUUCAGUUGGUUGUCUGUCAAAUACUUGCGAUAUACUGACUGGAAACUGUGCAUGUUCUUCGAAUUUUACUGGAGUAAGAUGUGACAAAUGCGAAACAGGAAAAUAUGGAAAAAUAUGCGAACAACAAUGUCCAGCAGGGUGUAAAGACCAAGUGUGUGAAAAGGAUUCCGGAAAUUGUACAGACGGAUGUACUUUAGAUACAAUCCUUGGUGGUAAAUGUGACGUUUGUUUAAGAGGCUGGUAUGGGCAUUACUGUAAUAUAUCUUGUUCUGUUGGCUGUAAAAAUCAGGAGUGUGAGAAAAGUGAUGGUAAAUGCUCAAAUGGAUGUCUUGAAAACUUUGUCGGAGGACAAUGCAAUCAAUGCAUACCUGGCAAGUAUGGAAAGAUAUGCAACAGUAACUGUCCAAACAAUUGUGACAAGAGUGGAUGCUUGAGAGAGUCUGGCAAUUGUAUUCAUUGCAAUGAGAACUUUGCUGGAGACAAAUGUAAAAAAUGUGCUGUUGGUUUUUAUGGUUCACUUUGCUCUGAAGAAUGCCCGACAAAUUGUUUGAACAAAGUAUGUGAUAAAGAUACAGGCAUGUGCUCUGGUGGCUGCGUAAAUACAUAUUCUGGUGACAGAUGUUGUACAAAUAAUAACAACUGUAUUACAUGUUUGUCAGAUACUAAGUGUAAUCAAUGUAAGUCUGGAUACUUUAAUGAUCAAUGUGACAAACAGUGUCCCCAGACGUGUCUAAAGUCCUGUCAUACCGAAAGCGGUCUUUGUGACGGAUGCAAAGAUCAUUUUUAUGGUGAAAAAUGCAACGUUUUAUGUGCCUCCACAUGUAAGACUCAGACAACAAAUGGAAGUAGGUGCCAACAAAGUAAUGGAAAGUGUCUAUACGGUUGCAAAAAUGGUUUCCACGGUUUAAUGUGUUCAGAGAAAUGUUCUUCUCAUUGCAAUGAUACACUUUGUGAACAAAGCACUGGCAAAUGUACAAAAGGUUGCACAACAAGAGUACAGGAUGACCUAAUUUGCCCUGUGAUAUCAGAAUUACAACAGGAUGGAGAUAAAGAUAAUAUGGACAGUUUGAUUGGACCAAUAGUUGGGUCUAUUGCUGGAGUACUGGUAGCAUCAGCUGUAGUUGUUGGUGUUUUAAUAUACUGCAGACGAAGACAAAGUAACAAAGGUCAAGGACAACGUUUAGAUCUUGAAAAUACUCAAUCUAUCAAGGACGGCGAAAAUAAACAUACAUAUGGAAACAUUUCUGGUAAACAUGUUAUUGCGUAA